AUGCUGCGCCUCGCGGCCAAGCUUCUGGCGUUCUUCUGGAGGCGGGCGGAUGACCCCGAGAAGGAGGCCGGGCCGGAGCUCGCGGAAGGUAACACCAAGCUGAAAACCGUGCAGGGUGUGGUGACCAGGUACUGCAGCGACUAUGGCAUGAUCAACGAUCUGAUCUACUUCUCCAAUGACGUGGUCACUGGGAAGGUGCUCCUCAGUGUCGGACAGGAGGUUAUCGCGGUGGUGGAAGAAAACAGAGUGUCCAGCGGGCUGAAGGCCGUCCGGGUGGAAGCAGUCUCUGACAGGUGGGAAGAUGAUGGCAGGAAGACCAACAAAGGGCUGGCAGACUCCAGUACACGUCUUCUGAUUGGCUGUGUCACUUCGCUGACGGAUGGCGCCGGCUACAUCAACCAGACCACGUACUUUCCUCCGGAGAGUUUGUGCGAAGGUUAUCAGCCCUGCAAGGGGGACUGGGUGGAGGCUGAGUACUGGAUCCGGCCCAGCACAUGGAGCAGUGAGGCCAUCACUGUGAAGCCGCUGCGAUACAAGCGUGUGGACAAGGUCUGCAUUUCCAGCCUCUGUGGACGAAAUGGGGUGAUUGAUGACAGCAUCUUCUUCACCCUGGAGUCACUGAAGCUCCCGGAUGGGUACAUGCCUCGCCGAUACGAUGUCGUCAACACGGUGGUGGUGGAGAGCACCCAGUCCUGCUACAUGUGGAGGGCGUUGUGCAUGAUACCUGUGAGAAGACGAGAGCCUUCCACUCUUCCUGAGGGUGCUGAUGACCCCUACGGAGCUCUGCUGUUGAAGAACAAGGGGGAUGUGGAGGUUACAAGGAUGACGAAUUUUGGAACUCUCCAAGAAGGAGCCAGUAAAGAUAUGGUGGUCUGGAUAGAAGUUUUGGACUCAGAGCAGCCUUUUCCCCUUCUGUCCGCGGAGGUGGUCUCCUUGCACUCGCCGGUUAGCCUGGAUGCUGUGCUGCCUGGGGAUGGAGUGGACGGCUGGGCCCAAGAAGGAGGAAGCAUGGGAGAAGAGGCUGGGCCAUCGCGAAGGCAGGCCCCAGAGCCCAGUGGGCCCAUCCCUGCAGGUGGAAAGACUUUCCUUGUGGUAACCUGCGAAGCAAGAAAUUAUGGCCGCUGCAGGGAGCUCCUCCUGCUGUGCUUCUCUGACUUCAUCGUCGGCCGGUUCUUGGAGGUGAACGUGGUCAGUGACAAGGAGGCACUCAUAGGGGUCCGAGAGCCAUUCUCCUGGAAGAAGUCGCAAAGUCCCCAAGUGUCAGUGUCCCCCAAAACCACUGUUGUGGUGACCACACAGAAAAGGAACUCAAGACGACAGCUUCCCAGCUUUCUCCCACAGUACCCGAUACCAGAGAGACUUAAGAAAUGUGUGAAACAGAAAAUAGACAUUCUGACUUUCCAGCCUUUGCUUUCAGAGCUUUUGAACAUGUCAAACUACAAGGAGAAAUUUGCAACGCUGCUGUGGCUAGAGGAGAUCCAUGCGGAGAUGGAGCUGAAAGAAUACAACAUGACUGGGGUUACCUUGAAAAGGAAUGGGGACCUCCUGGUGCUGGAGGUCCCAGGCCUGGCCGAGAGCCGGCCUUCUCUGUACGCAGGUGAUAAGCUGAUUUUAAAAACUCAGGAGUACAACGGACACGUCAUUGAAUACAUCGGCUACGUGACUGAGAUUCACGAAGAAGAGGUCACUCUUAAACUGAAUCCAGAAUUUGAGCAGGCCUAUAACUUUGAACCUAUGGAUGUGGAGUUUACAUACAACAGGACUACAAGCAGACGAUGCCACUUUGCACUGCAGCAGGUCUUCCAUUUAGGGGUCAAAGUGUUAUUUCCAGAAGAAGUCAUUUUACAGUCUCCCCAAGUUACAAAGAACUGGAGCCCGGUACCAAAUCCCAAAAAUGAGGAGCAGCCCGCCGCCAAGAACAGGAAAACUGGGAAGAACCAAAGGAAACCUGUCACAAAGAGGCAGGUUGGUGCCAAGGAUGUGCUGGAGACCAUGGCCUUCAUGACUGAGCAGAUCACUGAGGCUCAGGCCCUGACAGCAGGAGAGAAGGGCUUUUUCAACCCAGCGCUGAAUGAAAAUCAGAAGUUAGCAGUCAAGCGGAUCCUUAGCGGGGACUGCCGCCCGCUCCCGUACGUCCUCUUCGGGCCCCCUGGGACCGGAAAGACGGUGACCAUCAUCGAGGCUGUCCUGCAGGUGUACCACGCUUUGCCCGACAGUCGCAUCUUGGUCUGCGCCCCCUCCAACAGUGCGGCAGACCUGGUGUGCUUGCGGCUGCAUGAGAGCCAGAUGCUGCGGCCUGGUACCACAGUCCGCGUGAACGCCACCUGCAGGUUCCAGGAGACAAUCAUCGACGCCAUCAGACCUUACUGCAGAGACGGGGAAGACAUCUGGAAGGCUUCACGCUUCAGGCUGGUGAUCACCACCUGCAGCAGCGCCGGGCUCUUCUACCAGAUAGGGUUGAGGGUCGGGCAUUUUACACACGUGUUUGUGGACGAGGCAGGACAGGCAAGUGAGCCCGAAUGCCUGAUCCCUCUGGGGCUCAUCUCGGAAGUCAGCGGCCAGAUCGUGCUAGCUGGGGACCCCAUGCAGCUGGGGCCAGUCAUCAAGUCCCGACUGGCCAUGGCCUACGGGCUGAAUGUGUCCAUGCUGGAGAGGCUGAUGUCGCGGCCGGCGUACCUGAGAGACGAGGAUGCCUUUGGUGCUUGUGGCGCCUACAACCCCCUGCUGGUCACCAAGCUCGUGAAGAACUACAGGUCCCACUCAGCUCUGCUCGCUCUGCCAUCCCGACUCUUCUACCACAAGGAGCUGGAAGUCUGUGCAGAUCCCGCCGUGGCGACCGCUCUACUGGGCUGGGAGAAGCUGCCCAAGAAGGACUUCCCGCUUAUCUUCCACGGGAUCAGGGGCAACGAAGCUCGGGAAGGCAGGAGUCCAUCCUGGUUCAACCCUGCAGAAGCUGUUCAAGUCAUGCGUUACUGCUGCCUGCUUGCCCGCAGCGUCUCAAGCCAGGUGUCGGCAAGCGACAUUGGUGUGAUCACGCCCUACCGGAAGCAGGUGGAGAAAAUCCGAAUCCUGCUGCGCACCGUCGAUCUGAUGGAUAUAAAAGUUGGGUCCGUAGAGGAGUUUCAAGGACAGGAGUAUCUGGCCAUCAUCAUCUCAACCGUGCGAUCCAACGAAGACAGGUUUGAAGACGACAGGUUUUUUUUGGGGUUUUUGUCCAACUCAAAAAGAUUUAACGUAGCCAUCACUCGACCCAAAGCAUUGCUGAUUGUGCUGGGGAACCCGCACGUCCUUGUCCGAGACCCCUGUUUUGGUGCCUUGCUGGAAUACUGCGUCACCAAUGGUGUUUACACAGGCUGCGACCUGCCACCCGAGCUGCAGUCCCUGCAGGAGUGA